AUGGGCUUGGGCUUCCCCUUGGCGUGCAAGGACCAAGAUUUGGAUUUGGAUUUCGAGGCAAGUGCAUGGGCUUGGGCUUCCCCUUGGCGUGGCUACCAAGGAGGCCUCGCAAGGCUGACGGACUGUCCGGAGUCUGCUAACGCGUGUGGUGACCUGCGCUCCGCCGAGGGAGCUUGCCUUGGGUGUUUGCAGGGACGAACUGACGGGGGGGCGGCAGGCGAGGCACGAGAUGCAUUGGGUGGCGUGACGGAUUAUAAGGCUGAAGGACUGUGCCAGAGUCUGCUAGCGCAUGUGGUGACGUGCACCUGGCCGAGGGAGCUUGCCUUGGGCGGUGAGCCGGGGACCCACUGCCGAUGCCCUUACGACGUGGUAGUGAACGUUCCCGAGCGUUUGUGGUUGUGGUUUGGUUCGUUUGCCCGAGGCCUUGUAAGUUUGACGGACUGUCCGGAGUCUGCUAGCGCGUCUGGUGACCUGCGCUGGGCCGAGGGAGCUUGCCUUGAGUGUGUUCCUGUACGAACAGACGGGGGGGUGGCGGGCGAUGCACGAGGUGCAUUGGGUGGCGUGACGGUUUAG